CGGCCUUUCCGCCUCCCGCUGCGCUGCCGCCUGGCUGCGCAUGCGCGGAUCGCUGCGUGCCGCCAUGCGCGCGCGGGGGCGGCCGUUGGGCGGCAGCGCGGUGAGCGGCGCGGAAACGGGCGGUGGUAGCGGAGCGCGGCGCCUGCGGCAGACAAGCCCGGCGGGAGCGCUCGCCGCCUUUCCUGCCGCGCGCCUACGCGUAGUCACCGCGGUGCCCCGCGGAGGCGGCCGGUCGGUCUAACGCCCGGCUCUGGGCAGCCGGGUCUGUUCGGCGAGCGACGCGCGGCCUGUUGGACCGGCGGGGAGGUGCCCGGGACCGGAGUUUUCUCGGCGGUUGCAGCGAGGUUACUGCGCCUGGAGAGGGUGAAAAUGUUGAAUUGCCAUAAAACGGUACAGGGAGGCGAGGAAUUUCGUGCCCUCCGCGUGAGUGUCUUCUAAUAGUGGUUUAUCAUCACUUCAGAAAUGCAAAUCUAACAUCUGCUGCCUGGAAAACUGUAAUCAACAGGGCCGUGGAGUCAGUGGUUGCUUCUCCUGCUUGAUUCAUCAUGAUAACUCCAGCUUUUGAGCUGAGCCAGGAUCCAGAUUUUCUUACAAUAAUAAUCAAAAUACCUUAUGCCAGAGCUUCAGAGUUUGAUGUAUAUUUUGAAGGGGAAGAUUUUAAAUUUUAUGCCAAACCUUACUUUCUCAGAUUGACUCUUCCUGGAAGGAUUGUGGAAGAUGGUAGAGAAAAAGCAUCUUAUGAUACAGACAAAGGAACUUUUACAAUUCAGUUACCCAAGGAGAUUCCUGGCCAAUAUUUUGAGGGACUGGAUAUGCUGACAUCUCUUUUGGCACCAAAGAAGUUAAGAUCAGCAAAACCUUUAGUGGAAGAGAUAGCUGCCUCUGCUCAGUUGGAGGAGGAGGAGGAGGAAGAAGAAUUUGACUGGGAAAUUGAGCAGACCGCUUACGAAGAAACUGCAGAAAGCACUCUGCAACAACAGUACUGCUAUGGAUUUGGGAACUUGCACUCAGCGGUGUUCCAGCGACUGCAGGAUGAACUCAGUGAUGUUAUUGACAUUAAGGAUCCAGACCGAGUGCCUGUAGAUGAACGCAGGAGGAAACGCCUGGCAGCUGAGGCUGCCAAGUUUGAUCCUGAUCAUUACCUAGCUGAUUUUUUUGAAGAUGAAGCUAUUCAGCAUGUUUUGAAAUAUCAACCAUGGUGGAUUGAUGCCCAUAAAAAAAAGAUGGCCUUGCAGGAAGAAAGCCAUCAGGAACAUGACAGGCAAACUUUUGUCGUCUUCUCUGAGGAAGAGAGAGAGCAGCUGAGAAAAUUCAAAAAUAAAACUCAUCUUCUGGAUAAAAGAGCCCGUCAUCACAUAUAUCUCAGUCUAAUUGAUAUCCUUCUGGCAUAUUGCUAUGAAAUCUGUGUCAAUGAAGGUGACAAGAAUGUUGAAUCAUCUUGGAACGUCAGGAAACUGAGUGCAACACUGUGCUGGCUGGAAAGUUUCACUAGUAUUCAUGAUGUCCUGGUAUCUUUUGGAAGAAGAGUUUUAUGCUAUCCCCUGUACAGACAUUUCAGAUUAGUGACACGUGCCAUCGAUGAUACAGUCAUGAUACUGCAACUAGGAAAAGGUGCAGUUUUGAAGUGUCUGCUGGACAUUCACAAGAUUUUUAGGGAGAAUGACCCUUCCUACAUCCUUAAUGAUCUCUUCAUUACAGACUAUUGCAUCUGGAUUCAAAAAAUCAAAUCGAAAAAGUUGGCUGCACUUGCUGAAUCCUUGCAGAAAGCCACACUCACCAAGUCUCACGUAGGACUUGAACUGGAAGAGCUGGAAGCAGCAGCAGUGCUAGUACAAGAGGAAGAGAGCAAGUUAAAAGCUGCUGGCACAGUUUCUAAGCAACAGCUGCCUUCCUCUGAAUCGGAGACAAGUGACUCUGAAGAAUCAAGCAGUACUUCAUCAUCUGAGACAGAAGGCUCUGAUUCAGAUGAGCGAGAGUCCUCAACCAGUGAAGAUGGGAAAAUAAAUUCUUUACAAGGCACACUUCAAGAGGAGAGGACAGCUGCACUUAUUGACUGUAAUGGAUUAAGGCAAGACACAAACACUUCGAUGUUUGAGACAGCUUUCUGAAAAGUUUAUAAAGACUUAAUUCUACCUCAAAAGAAGAAAGCAUCGAUUAGACUUGAUUUACUACAGAAAAUGAUAAAUAUCGCAAAGAAAUUGAUUCACAUCACUGGAGUGAAUGGGCCAGGCAACCCUCCGCCGUUGACACAGCUGAAUAUUGUCAAAGCUUGAGCUGAUUGUCUCAAGGCUGGAGAAAACAAACAGGGAAACACAUGUCAAACAGAUAAAUAGCUUUGCUGUUUAGAGCUCUCAGUGGAGGCCAUUUGUCUCCAAGAUAAGGAAGAAUGCACUCCAAAGCUGUGAAAAGAUAAGCUAGGAGAACAAAAUGAAUAUGGAAUUGUUCUGAUCGUAUUUGGACAUGUUACACAUGGAGGAAAUAUGGUACCACCCCAGGGGAAUGUCUAAUGUGAGUAUGGUACACCACCCAGGAAGCGGCUAGGAUGAAUUCACCUUUUUCUGUUAAAUGUCCUAUUAGUGUUUGAUAAUUAGUUAUAGCAUACAAACAAAUGGCAUCUGUGUCAGUCUUAGUAAGCCAGUAAUUCUAAAGUAUUUUCCAUGUCUGUCACGGAACUGUUUUUCUCCUUUUCAGUGGGAAAUGGGCUGCAGCCUUUGGUUUUGUGGGCAUGUGUGAGGCAUGAUUUUGUAUUGACAAAAUAAAUUUGGGUCUGUAGCAUUGUGGUACCCAUAAAUCAUACUUUUUUUACAUUCUUAGGUUUUGGAGAGGUGACUGUUAUCACCAUGAGUACUGCAUUUGGAGACCUGGCUUAGAUCAUAUCUGAAAUGAGCGUAGUAACAUUGCUUUGCAUUUUAUUAAGCAUUUUCUCAUCUUGAAAAGCCACUAUACAAUCCAGCAUAGUUGAUGGUAUUUUGGAGGACACUUGAGGACAAGACUAAAAGCCAUAUAUUGUAGGUGAGGGCUAUGAUGUUGGCAGAGCUCCAUGAGGAAGGCCAGCUCUUACCUAAAAGCCUGUCAUUUCUGUGAGAGAAGCUUCCUUUAGCCUGAUAGUCUUAGUGGACAGCAUGGAAAAGAACAGAAAGUUUCACAUUUAAACUAGCAACGUUAGCCAGGCAGUAACCUUAUUGACUAAUAACCCUAGAGACCACCAGUGAAUUCGUGUCAAAAUGAUGCAGAUGGCAAUCUGUCGGCACCAACUCCUCUGCUUUCUCUGCAAGCUGCCUCCUGCAUUGCUGCUGCGAGAGGUUAGUGUACUUCCCCGGGCUGUGCCAGGGAUAAGAGGGGGCAAUUCAGAGGCCGCGGCCAAGUCGAGCUCCCCUGUGCCUGGCCUUGGCCGGGUCUCUGAAGGAGCCGACUGGGGUUCUGCUUUGCAGCCCAGGCUGCUGGUCAGGGCCGCCUGCGCUGCAGAUGCGCCCUGCACUCGCACCUCCUCGCUUACCGAGGCGGUAACUGGAUGCAGCAGAGAACCCUGAUGUGGGGAAAACAUUGUCUUUCUCCCACGUUCAGCUUGUGCUUUCACGGGGCCUAACUCAUAAAAGUCCAAAUCUUGGGUAGGGCAUACAGAAAUACAGUGGAGCUCAAAUCUGAGAGCUGAGACUUCUGUCUCUGCUACUGACUUGCACUGAGCAAGGCCAAGAGACCAAAAGCUACAGUUUCUGAAGUAUUCUUAAGUAUCUUUUUGCAUGUCUGUUUUUGAGUGUCUGAUUUGAGGCUUUCUGUGCCUUGGGAGCCAUGGUUCUCUUUUACACCAGCUGGAGCUGUUGCUCUUCUAAAUGCCUGGAAAUUAGACAAACUUGGCCAAAAUUAGAUGCCAGAAAUCAAUCCCUCUCCCUAAGAACCCCCUUCUGUAGCUUUGACUGUUGGUUUCAGUGUAUAUCUAUGCAUCUGUAAAAUGGACUGCUUAAUACCCUCUGCCAAAGGGGGAUUUGUGAGGCCUAGUUACUGUUUGAACGAUACUUUUGCAUUGUUGGGGGGAACAAAAGGUCUGAAUAUUCCAGGCUUACCAGGUGAUGCCUGGGCAUAACCUUGCUCUGAGUUAAUAAACCAGCAUAAAACCAA